UACAGUUGCGUUUUAACGUACGAAUAACGUCUAAAGUUUUCUACGUUUAUAAUAUACGUUUAACAUGUGCUUCUACUAGUAGGAACUCGAUAUUUUUACACAGCAACAACAUUUACGACUAUCUGAUGGAUAUGACAUCCUCCCAUAGGGCGUUUGCAGUCUUAAACAGGUGCGUACAUUGUACGCACGCUAUAAGAAUUUACUAGUUUCAAGAGUUUGCAUCAUCCGAACGACAGUUUGGCCGAGCAACCUUGAGAGGCAACAGAGUGCACCAGCCUUGCUGCUAUUUGCUGAUGAACUAGGUAUGCCAUUACGAAAAGAGUUUGGAGUGGCGGAACAAGAAACCUAUUUCUUUCUUGAUAUGAUAAAUAAUCAUAUCAUUCAGCCCUUCCUUACCGUCAGCAGCUUUAAAGGACAAAGAAAGCGCUAUCCACGAGCCAUGCCUUUCACAGAUCCCGAGGAUAUUUGUCAAAGGUAUGCCGAGGAUAGAUCGAGGUGGCUACAAGAAGAUUGGUACUCGGAGCUCAUCAACAGCAUCCCUAUACAACAACAAGCCGACUACAUUUAUAUCGAUGAUGACGAAGACGACAAUGAAAAUUGACAGUACACAGUCGAAGAAUAUAAGAGAAUGAAGGGUCCUGCAAGGAGGUUGACAUCGGGUACAUUUUUACAUUCGCACACACUUUGUGCUCAUUGCCUGCGUGCAUUCGAUAUCUACUCAAUGUGAAGCAUUUUGCGUAUGUGCUUGCAGGUCGACUUAAUAAC